AUGGCUACCCAGACCAAGAAUGCGAUUACCUUGCGCGGCUCCACAGCAAUUGUGACGGAGUACUUUGCAUAUUCUAUUAACUCCAUCCUAUAUUUGCGGGGGAUUUAUGGCCAGGACAGCUUCAUGUCUCAGCAGAAGUACGGCCUCCCCCUCAUGGUGGCCAAGGACCCAGCGCUUAGUAAGUACCUUGGAGAGGUUCUUCAGCGCGUAGCUGAGUGGCUUAUGUCCGGUAAGGUGCAGAAGCUCGUCAUGGUUCUUCUUCCGAUAGGCGGGAGUGAGCCCAUUGAGAAAUGGGAAUUUAAUGUUGAAAAUGAGGGUGUCCAGGCAGGUGCAACGUCGUCCAAGCCAGAAGCUGACGUCCAGCGCGAGAUUCAGGCCAUUCUCCGCCAGAUAAAUGCCUCCGUUUCCUUCCUCCCGGUGAUCAGCGACCCAGUCACGUUUGACAUUAUGAUAUAUACCGACGCUGCAGUGCCUACACCUGCUGAGUGGGAGGAGUGCCCCGGACGCGACCAUGUCCACAACGCUGUGGAGGUCAAGUUUAGAGACUUCAGCACUAAGAUCCACAAGGUGGACACGGCUGUCAUUUACAAGUCUGGAGAGGAAGCGCUGUAA